CUUUUUUCUCUUUUUCUCCACUUUCUCCUCCUUUUCCCUUAAUCCAAUUUAAUAAUCCCUCUCAGAUCCGUCGCAUUAGAGAGAGAGAGAGAGAGAGAGAGAGCGAAGGAAGGGAUCGGAUCUACAGGGGCGAUUCGUUCCUUAGGGCGCCUUCGAUUCGACAGUUGUUGCUAGGGUUCGAUUCGAUCUCAUCGCAUCGCCAUUUUGAGCCCUUUUUUUAGGGUUUCGUGGGUUUUUGCGAUUUGGGGGCGUAUUUUAGGUUGUGUUGGUCAAACCCAAAGGCUUUGUUGAAAUUUCUCUAUCUAGUUGCAGCCUGCCAUUUUACGCGUUUUGGCCGAGUCUUCUGUUGAGUUGGAGAUAGCAUUCUGCUUGCUGGCUUCGAAUCGCAGGUUUAGAUGUCAUUCCGUAGUAUAGUACGAGAUGUAAGGGAUGGCAUUGGGAGCUUAUCUCGACGCGGCUUUGAGGUGAGGGUUGCGGCCCACCGCAGGGGGAAAUCUCAGGGCCACGUGCACGAGAUCCGCGACCAGUCUUCUGUAAUUCAGAAUAGCUGUUGGGCUAGUCUUCCUCCCGAACUGCUCCGCGAUGUGAUCAGAAGGCUAGAGGCGAGCGAGAGCACGUGGCCUUCCCGCAAGAAUGUGGUUGCCUGCGCCGCCGUCUGCCGCUCUUGGCGAGAGACGUGUAAAGAACUCGUGAAAAAUCCCGAGUUAUCUGGAAAGAUUACCUUUCCUGUAUCCCUGAAGCAGCCUGGACCUCGAGAUGCUCCCAUCCAGUGCUUUAUUAAGAGGGAUAAAUCAACUCUUACUUAUCAUCUCUACCUGUGUCUCAGCCCGGCUGUGCUUGUCGAAAAUGGGAAGUUCCUCUUAUCGGCCAAAAGAAAUCGCCGCACAACUUGUACGGAGUAUAUUAUAACCAUGGACGCAGACAAUAUAUCACGGUCUAGUAGCACAUAUAUCGGAAAAUUGAGGUCUAACUUCCUCGGCACAAAGUUUGUGAUCUACGACACCCAGCCGCCCUACAACGCAGCUGGGCUGUCCCACCCCGGCAAGACGAGCCGGCGGUUCCACUCCAAGAAAGUGUCCCCCCGGUGCCCGUCCAGCAGCUACGUCGUCUCCCAGGUGGCGUACGAGCUGAACGUGCUGGGCACGCGAGGCCCGCGGCGCAUGCACUGCAUCAUGCACUCGAUCCCCGCCUCCGCCCUCGACGCUGGCGGCACCGUCCCUUCCUGCCAGCCGGACAGCGACGGCCUGUUCUCCCGCUCCAUUCUCGACGAAUCCUUCAACAGCGUCUCCUUCUCGAAAUCGUCCGUGGACUUCGGCAGCGCCCGCUUCUCCGACAUUACGGCGGCAGGGGCCGGAGCGGGGGCAGACGACGGGGACGAGGAGGGCAAGGCUCGGCCUCUGGUGCUGCGUAACAAGGCGCCGCGGUGGCACGAGCAGUUGCAGUGCUGGUGCCUCAACUUCCGAGGGCGCGUUACCGUCGCAUCGGUCAAGAACUUCCAGCUCAUCGCCGCCACGCAGCCGUCCGCGGGAGCCCCGACGCCCUCGCAGCCUGCGCCGCCGCCGGAGCACGACAAGAUCAUACUGCAGUUCGGGAAGGUGGCGAAAGACAUGUUCACGAUGGAUUACCGAUACCCGCUGUCGGCUUUUCAGGCCUUCGCGAUCUGCUUGAGUAGCUUCGACACGAAAUUGGCUUGUGAAUAGAAAAAAAAAAAAAAAAAAGGAAAAAAGAAAAAAAAAAGUUCAGAAGACUAAUGUAGGGAUUAAGAUGUUGGAAAUCUUCGGAAUCCUCUAAUUAAUUCUUGGUUGUUUGUUGUCUUACUAGCUGUUUCUCUGCAACUUGUUUCUACAGCAAAUUAUCCAACCUCUGCUUAUCAUCAGCCUUUUAUUUUGGUUUUUUUGUUCUAUUUUGAUGUUUCUUGUAAAACUCUUUGGAAGUAGUAAUUAAAGUCAAUUUCAUUGGGUAA